GAUAUUGUGGGAUGUAGUACAAUUACUCAAUUAGCUGAUGUUUUAGUUUAGCCUUCCUUGUUUAUGCGAAGGACCUCUCAUCACUUGCAGCAGUUAAUGGCCUCCUUUUCUUCUUCUUCCAUUACUCCUAAACUGGAGUAUGACGUUUUCCUUAGUUUCCAUGAUGAGGAAACCCGAAGAAACAUUGCCAGCCAUCUAUAUGAAGCACUUUGUCAGAAAAAGAUUGUAACUUUCAUUGAUGAUUCUCUUCAUAGAGGAGAAGAAAUUUGUCCCUCUUUUUUGAAGGCAAUUGAAGGUUCAAAGAUCUCGGUUAUCAUUUUUUCUAAUUGGUGCGCUUCCUCCAUUUGGUGUUUCAGGGAACUUGACAAAAUUGUUGAAUGUAAGAGGGAGUAUGAUCAGAUCGUAAUACCAGUCUUCUAUAAAGUAGAUCCAUCUGAUGUCAAGUAUCAAACUGGGCAUUUUGGGGAAAUAUUCUUUCUGCUUGAAAAGAGUCUUAUCGAUCAUUCAGAGCUGUACAGAUGGAGGACUGCUUUGACGAUGGCAGCCAACCUACCUGGUUUUGAUUCAAGGAACUGGAGGAACGACGCCCAACUUAUCAAGGAAAUCAUAGAAGAUAUUAUGAAGAGAUUGCAAUAUACGUCUCCUAAAUAUAAACUGGGUUGGAGGCAUCUUUCUGUGUUUUUCCUUGUCGUGGAGGCAAUAUCAGUGGUGUUGGAUGUAUAUGGAAAAAGCAAAAAGAAUUUUCUUCUUGCUGCAUUUGUCCUGUCAGCCUUUGGUUUUAUUAUAACCAUAUAUGCUUUUAUCAGGAAAAGAAACACUGCAGCAUAUAAACAAAGAGCUGAGAGGGAACUUGCGUGGGUGGAGGUUGCCUUCUCUAUGCUCGAAUUAGUUACUUUAUUUAUUCAAUAUAUUCUAGCUGUUGCAAGAGCGAAGGACAGUUACAGCCCAUCGCUUUUCCCCCUAGUCUUUGCCCUUCUUGCUGUUGUUUUUGCUUUCAAGGAGAAAAAGAUUAAUAAUCAUGAUCAAAUUUCGCACAGCCAGGUACCCAUUUGAACUUAUUAA